AUGCAGAAGACAGGACCCCCUUCCACCACCAGAAGUUCAGAAACAGCUCAUCAGGAACAGUCAUUAGGCCAGCUAGUCGUCUCCAAAUUACAGAUUAUUCCAUCCAGACAACUCCACCCCAUGAGGGGAGCACACACGCCUUUGAUGUUUUUGGAUGUAGUGUUCAUUCACAAGAGUUUGGGUGCGUGCACAAAGGUGUUGUUCAACCCAGACAUACAUCGAAAACCAAUCGUCAUUGUCAAAAAGUACCAGAAACUCAAAACGAAACCCACUCUAGCCAUGGACCAGGUUCAUGAUGUUCCACUUCCUGUCCAGAUUCGGGACAAGCUGAACUUGAUCAAAUUCUAUCUGCUGGGUGUAUGUCAUAUCCUUCGCAAGCAUAUCAUAUAUUUCCUGUCCGUACCGGAACCUAUCAUCAGGCCAAGCCAGCCGUGGACAACAGACGUCGGGUUUGACUGUCUGAGCCUGAACUGGGACAGAGUUGAGAGAGACGAUAUUACACAUUAUGAGAUCCGAAUGAAAGAAACUGGUGACAAUUCGUGGAAUAAAGCAAUUGUUCCCACGGAAAAUAAACGGCCUUUUCAUCGCUUUAGCGGGUUGUCUCAAAACACUGGAUAUGAGUUCAUGUCAAGAGCUGUAUAUGCAGACGGUAGUACCAGCGAAUUUAGCAACAAGAGUGUUGAAGUGAAAACAAAAUGUUCCGAACUUAACACUGUACUUCGGCUUUGCCAAAAAAUACAUGAUGGACCACCAAGCGUUUACAGACUACCCUCGGAUGAGAGCAGAGCAAUGAGGGACGAAGAUCAAAAGAUACGCAUGUGUACAUUGGGAGAUUCGAAAUGCCUUCAGGAGAAGGUUAUCUUGAUGAUUGGUCCUGGCGAAGGAGGGAAAACCACCCUUGUCAACGGACUUGUCAACCAUAAUCUCGGAGUGAAAUGGAAAGACGACUGUAGAUUCAAAAUUACAGAUGAAACAGGAACUCCUCCAAACCAGCGAUCACACACUGAAUGGAUCACGUGUUACAAAUUGCAUCCAAUCAUGGAUAACAAUGACUAUAUUUUGAAUAUCAUUGACACCCCAAGCCUAAACGAUGGUCCUGGAUCAACUAAUGAAGAACUCUUCGAACGCCUCAAACAUUUCUUAUCCUCUGGAAGUACUUGGGGACUGAAUGGCAGAAUAGAUGCCAUUUGCUUGGUCGUCCAGGCCAAUCCUGUCCAAGCGAACAGUAUCGAUAUGGCUUUAUGCGACGUAUCUCAUAGCAUAGCGUCAAUAUUUGGAGUCAACAUGCUGGAGAACAUUCUUCCUAUGCUAACAUUCGGAGACGGAAAAGAACCAUCGGUGUUAUCCACCCUCUCAACAAUAGGUUUUCCGACAGUCCGUCACUUCGUCUUCAAUAAUUCAACACUUUUCCCUCCGUAUACCGAAGAUGCUUUGUUGGGAGAGACUUUGUGGCAAUUUCGAUCUAAAGGAUUCGAAGAUUUUUUACAACAUCUCCAGACCAUGAACCCUUGUCCUCUCAAGACCACAGCAGCUAUACCACCCUCCCUUGAGCCAAAAGAUCAACAGAAGAUAAUGAGAGAGAUACAGGAUAAUCGUUUGGAUAUGAACGUCAAACUCAUGGAUCUUGCGACAAUAAAAGCUGACAGAGAUACUGUUAAGACGUAUGCUGUCGACAUUGAUUUGAAGCAAUCAUUCACGUAUGAAGAAGAAGUGUAUCAACAAGAGAAAAUUCCUCUAGCGCCUGGAACACAUGUUACCAACUGCAUCAUCUGCCACACCACGUGCCACUAUCCCUGUCAAAUUCCCGACAAUGACGGCAAAAUUAGAUGCGCAGCAAUGGAGGAUGGAUAUUGUACAGUAUGUCAUCAAAAGUGUGUCUGGCAUGUGCACAGGAACGACACAUUCAGGAUAGAAGAAAAGAUGGUGACGGUGACCAGGACGUACGAAGGCAUCAAAGCAAAAUACAAAUUUGAUGUAAAAGACGAUGUAGCAGCUGAUGCGAUGCUACAGGCCAUCAAACGAGCUUUUGUGUCUUUGCUGGAAGAGUUGAUCUCUCUUAUCUCAAGGACAGUUAAAUCAAGCAACACUUUGCAAGGAAUUCAACAAAACGAAAAGGAUUUCAUCAUGCGUGUGAUUGACUCAGAAGAACAAGAAAAGAAAGCUGGGUAUGAGAAGCGAUUGGAACUACUUCACGCCAUUAAGAACAAUACAACAGUUUCUGUUUCUGACCCAAACGCUUGGUUAAAAGACAUGGGAUUCAAAAACUGGUAA